UCACGAGUUUUAAAAUAUUGGAAAUAUUCUAUAUAAUUUCGUAAAACUAUUCUGGAAAUACGAUGGAUGUACUGAAAGCAGAGAUAGCACGCAAACGGAAGCUUUUGGAGGACAAAAAGCUUGUGGAUGAAAAGAAAAAAUAUUUUAAACGAGGGGAAUUGCUGGCCCAGGAACAGGAAGAAUACAAAGAGAAAUAUAACCAACUGGCAAGCGGUAGCGGAGAAUCAGAAGCCAAUUGCGCCGAUGGUGAUAAAUCCCCGACAAAAGAUUCUAAAUUCGAUUUCCGGAACCUGCCUCGCACGGAAGUGAUAAGAAAGUUGCGUGAACGAGGAGAACCAAUUUUACUCUUUGGAGAAAGUGAAGCGGAUUCAUGCUCUCGGUUGCGCCAGCUGGAGAUUUCGGCACCGGAGGUUAAUCGUGGUUUUCGAAAUGAUUUCCAAGAAGCAAUGGAGCAAGUAGACGAGGAAUAUUUAAAUGAAAUUUUAACUUCCAGUGGUACUGGCCUAAGCAAAGGAAAGAGCUCGAAUGAAGAUUAUGCCAUAGAUGAUUCGGUAACCUAUGAAUCGAUACAGGAAAUGGCCGUUCGUCUGGGAAGAAGUGGCAAAGAACAUGAUAUGCACGUUAUUACAACCUUGAUCCAAUUCAUGCUUAAAAUGUGGAAUGAUCAGCUGAACUCUGGAACAACGGCGGAACGUACAGCGACAAAGUGGAAAAUAGCUAGAGCUACGUUCGAGCAGACUCGACUUUACUUAAAACCAUUGCUAAGAAAAUUACGCAACAAAAGUAUUCCAGAAGAUAUUUUGGACAGCUUGACGGAUAUUACCAAAAGUCUACUAAAGAGGGAUUACAUUCACGCCAGCGAUGCGUACCUUACGAUGGCUAUCGGUAAUGCUCCAUGGCCAAUCGGUGUCACUAUGGUUGGUAUCCAUGCUCGUACCGGUCGUGAGAAGAUCUUCUCGAAAAACGUUGCCCAUGUGAUGAACGACGAAACCCAGCGAAAGUACAUCCAAGGAUUGAAACGAUUGAUGACAAAAAUGCAGGACUAUUUCCCUACCGAUCCAUCCAGAUGUGUGGAGUAUGUUAGCAAGAAAGAUAUGGUUUAGUGUUGCUUUAGUUUUAGUGUA